CCUCGUCACAUCUCAGAUACCAGCAUUUUCACCCGCCUCCUUGCCGGCUGCACCACUGGCGCCAUGGCGGUGACCUGCGCCCAACCGACGGACGUGGUGAAGGUCCGCUUCCAAGCCCACAUCCAGCUGGUGGGGACGCCCAAGCGAUACAACGGGACCGUCGACGCCUAUCGGACGAUUGCCCGGGAAGAAGGAGUCCGAGGACUCUGGAAAGGGACUUUUCCCAACAUCACCCGGAAUGCCAUUGUCAACUGUGGGGAGAUGGUGACCUACGACCUCAUCAAGGAAACCCUGCUGAAGUACCACCUGAUGACAGACAAUUUCCCGUGCCACUUCGUCGCUGCGUUCGGAGCCGGUUUUUGCGCGACGGUGGUGGCGUCUCCGGUGGACGUGAAAUAA